ACUUGAUUUACUCAUUUAUUAUGAUGUCUUGUCAUUGUUUUUGACAUUUAUGCUUGUUAAUUAAAUGUAUUUUUUCAGCAUUGUCCUGAAGCAGGACAUGUCCUUGUUGAAGCUUGUACAGUCUAGUGGUCCAGUUGCCAUUUGCGAACUAACUAGCAGUAGCUAGAUAGCUAAGUGCUACCUUGCUAGCUGGCUAAUCUUUCCUAGCAACAGCAAUAGCAACAGAGCAGCAAGUUAAUUCUUUUAUCAGUCAAACUGACAGGAAGCGUUAACGCUAGUUGUAUUCUGAUUUGAUCCAGUGUUGUCACGAGAACAUAGCUGUUCGUUUGACUUGAGUAACUCUGUCAGUUCAUUCCUAGCUACACCCUACUGUAACCCUGUUUAUACUUUGCCCAUACUUUACCUAAACCCUGGUGGCAAAGUGCAAGCUAACUGUUUCGAUUAGCUUAGGUGAGAGUUGGUGGGUUACUGGAUAAUUGGCUAAUAGAAGCUAACAGCUCCAGAUGAUAGCUAACGUCAGUUGGUUAAUUGGCUGAAGCAAUGGCUCGUAAACUGAAACGUUAACGCUGUAUACUCUGUGACACAGAUAUGCUCGUUUUACGAUGCUCUUAUUAACACCGUUGCAUAAUGCCAGGGUACUAAUUAACAGUUGCUGGUUAGCUAGCAUAGCGUCAGUUGACUGUUUUGUUGCUACCUUACGUCAGAUAGCUAACUUGGUAUCUGUGACAGGGAAAGCUGUAGUUUUCUAGAUGUGUAACGACUGUUAACAUUAUCUGUGUGCAGGCUAACUGGGCGGGGGUAACUUCGUUUAGCUGUGCAACCUCGAUUGCAUAUAAGUGAAAGGAAGAAUAACUUAACGUUAUCUUGGAUUUAAUGACAACUCUGUGUCUUGUUGGUAAUCUAUGCCAAGCUUCUUUAUCGAGAACACAUGUCAUAGGUUUUCAUCUUCCUGUGCCUGUGGUUUUGGGACCCAAUGUUGCCACAGGAAGAAACCGACAAAUUGAGACAUAGCACUCUGUGAAUGAGUGGCUCACACGCCAGAAAAACGAAAAGAUACCAAGAGGAGAGACCCCUAUUCUGCAUCAUUCUUGUGUAACAGAUUGCAGCAAAACUUGACGGUCAGACCGUUGCCAUGUCGACCUCAUCGCUACGGCGACAAGUAAAAAACAUUGUCCACAACUAUUCAGAGGCUGAAAUCAAGGUUAGAGAGGCGACUUCCAAUGACCCAUGGGGCCCCAGCAGCUCUCUGAUGUCAGAGAUCGCAGAUCUGACCUACAAUGUUGUGGCCUUCUCAGAAAUCAUGAGCAUGGUGUGGAAACGCCUCAAUGACCAUGGCAAGAAUUGGAGACAUGUGUACAAGGCUAUGACUCUUAUGGAGUACCUCAUCAAGACAGGAUCAGAACGUGUUGCCCAACAAUGCAGAGAGAACAUAUACGCAGUCCAGACUCUAAAAGAUUUUCAGUACAUAGACAGAGACGGCAAAGACCAGGGGGUGAAUGUGCGGGAGAAAGCCAAACAGCUAGUGACACUGCUGAAGGACGAAGAGAGACUAAGAGAGGAGAGGAUCCAUGCCCUCAAAACCAAAGAGAAAAUGGCACAGACCUCCAGUGCCUCCUCAGCUCCUUCAGCACCCAGCCUGGGGGGCAGCCUGUCAGUGGGCUCCCACUCUGGAGGGGCAGACCCUGAACAGGCCUGGCCCCAGAGCUCUGGAGAGGAGGAUCUGCAGCUCCAGCUGGCUUUGGCCAUGAGUAAAGAAGAGGCAGAGCAGAAUAACUCGGACCCUCUGGAGGACGCAGAGAUCCGCUAUGCAAUGACACUCAGCAAAGAGAUACAUCAAAAGGAAGAGCGACUGCGCAGAGGUGAUGACCUGAGACUGCAGAUGGCCAUCGAGGAGAGCAAAAGGGAGAAGCUGAAGCCUGAGGAGGGUUCUCUGAUGGAACUGAGUGCUGUAGACCCUUGGGGAGCCCCUGCCGCGUCCUCCACCACUGCAGGUUCUGCCGGACCAUCGCCUCCACCCACAGUUCCUGCCCCUGCAGCCUCAGGUCCAUGGGGAGCAGCUCCCACAGACCCAUGGGGGGUAGCAUCACCCACGUCUCCGACAAGCUCUGACCCCUGGGGUGGGGGCGCCCCGCCUACUAUAGCCCCUCCUCCAGACCCCUGGGGAGAGACGUCCAACAGAGUUAACAAUGUUGACCCUUGGGGAAGCUCAGCUGUGACCCCCCCCAGUGCUGACCCCUGGGGCCCCUCAGUGCCACCUAGCACUUCCUCCUCGGGGGGGCCAGUAGACCCCUGGGCAAGGGACGGGCCUGUCCCUGCCUCUGACCCUAUCACCUCUGACAUCUGGAGUGGCACCGCCAAACAAACUAACGGCACAGGAGACCCAGAGCGACGAGGGUCCCCGGCAAUGGGCGGCGACAGCACAGGCUCACCGGUGCCCUUUGACCUGUCAUCUCUCGGUUCUUCACUUCCUGUUCGUAAGACUCCCGAGUCCUUCCUCGGCCCCAACGCAGCGCUGGUGGAUCUCGAUUCCCUGGUGUCAUCUAAACCCAAACCCAAACAGCCACCACCUCCUUCCAUCUCUUCCUCAUCGCACAACCCCUUUCUCCAGAACACAGGCUCAUCUCCUGCUCCUGGCAUGGCAGUUACUCCAGGCAGCACGAUUUCCAGUAGGGGAGUUUCUCCAACACCUGCUUCCUCUAACCCUUUUGGCGUGGCUCCAUCCAUGACCUCCAUCUCACCUCAGCCCUCAUCACUUGGCCUGAGUGGCCUCCGCUCCAGUCCAGUGCCUCCCAAUCCCAUGCUGGGCAUGGUACAACCAGGAAUGGGCAUGGGGCCAAUGAGUGUGGGUAUGGGGGCUCCGGGAAUGGGCUUGGGCAUGAUGCAGGCCAGCCCCAUGGGCAUGCCCUACAGUGGGCUCUCACCUAUGGCUCCCACAGGCCCUGCCCUGUUGGGACCUGGAGGUGCACCUCCUCAGCUGAUUUUGGGUGGGCCCACUGGAACAGGAGGAGUGAUGGGAGCAGGAGGAUCAGUGGGAGGCGGAGGAACGACUGGAGCGAGCACCAACCCUUUUCUUCUUUGAGGAAGUGUCACCACUGCUUUGCUCACCUGUUUGAACCUCCUCUGUCGUACCUGCUGCCCCCUUCAUCCACCCCCCCCCCAAACACAAUUUGUGUCCAAAAAGAAAAAUGUGUACAUCUCUAUAUUUCAAGAAAAAAAUCAAAAAAACAAAAAAUCAAUAAUUAUGUUUAUUUUUUUUCCUUCGAAAGUGUUAUUUCAUUUCACAAUAAUUUUUCACAUUUAGUUCCUUUCAUUUCAGUAUGGGUUGUUUGUGGGUGGGAAAUAGAGAUUUAUUUAUUUUGUCUUAAUCUGUUCUGUAUUGUUCUUCAUGUUGUGUUUAUUUUUUUCAGUCCUGUCUUGAGAUGAAGGUAAGCCUGUGAGAACGGGAGGCAUUUUCAGUCAUGUCAUUCUAUUCUAAUAUUACUGCACUGAGAGAGAGAGAGAGAGCGAGAGAGAGAGGGAGGGAGGGAGAGAAAUGGAGGGAGAAGAGACAUAGCCACUAACAAACAUAACAGAGAAACUGUUGUAUCUGCCUCUUCCUCUUUUCUCCCUCUAGAAUGAAGAGAAACACUGAAACACUGAAAUGAAACCAGUGCAUGAAGGACGAUUUUUUUUUUUCAUUUUAUUUUUUUAAAUGAACUCCAGACUGAGAUACGGACUGAAAAUCCUGCAUUAACAUUUCAGGCACAAUGUGGUCGACUAUUUCACUUUUAAUUUAAUUUAAUGUUAAAUGUAAUUUAUUUUUUCCAAUUUUUGGGAACAAAUAAACAAGGAAAAUCACACGAUGAUGCCAUUUAAAUCAAAUGCUUUUUUUUUUCUUCCUGAUUUAUUGCAGAAAGUGAAAGAGCGCUCUGACAUCUGUGGUCUGCUGGGGGGAAAAAAUGAUGAGAUGUGUUUUGAAUGCGUGUGCGUGCGUGUUUGGCUGCAGCAAUGUGUGAAUGAGAAUCUAAAUGCUCAUUUGUGAGUAUGCAAUAGUGCAAAUGCCUGUAUCCAUGUACAUGUCAGUAUCUGUCUGCAUUUUCCCUGUGUCCGAUCUUAUUUGAGUGACUCAGAAAGAAAGAAUUGACAGCCAUUAUUUUAUUUUAUUUUUUAAUUGUCACUUGUACUAAUACUAUGUAAUGGGGUUUCAAAUGAGGUAUCAUAAGGGUCACACAUUUCUCUGCCAAUCUUAUUUCAUAUAUUUUUUUUUUUUUUUAAAUCAAUCAGUGUCCUUUUUUCCAAUCAUACAUUUCAUAUGGGAUCCUUGGUUUACAGGUGUCCCAGAGCACCACUGUGUUUCAGCCCUCUUUUCUUUGAGGUGGGAGAGAUACUGAUGCUUCUUUAAAAAAAGAAAAAGAAAA